AGCAUGCUCACGCGUAAACCCAAACCUUGAAGGCUUCCCUUAACGCAGAUCCCCAGCGUCUUCCUCUCCUUCUCCUUCUCCCGCUUCCUCAACACCACCGCAUCAAAUUUGCAAGCCAAACGCAUCUUCUGUGUAGUUUUCUUCUCAAUUUGAUUUGAUCGAUUUCAUUCAAUCAUCGAUACGGCACCAAACCCUAUUAUCAUGGUGCAACCGGCGGCGAAUCCCCAAUUCACCCAGCAGUUCUUGAGCUCCGUCCUGUCCCAACGUGGCCCAUCGGCGCUUCCGUACACCGAAGAUACCAAAUGGCUCAUCCGUCAGCACCUUGUUAAUCUCACCACAAACUUCCCUUCUCUUGAACCUAAAACCGCUGCUUUUACUCACAAUGAUGGACGCUCCGUUAAUCUCCUCCAAGCCGAAGGAACUAUUCCGAUGACCUUUCAAGGCGUCACAUACAAUAUCCCAGUUAUCAUAUGGCUUAUGGAGUCCUAUCCUCGACACCCACCUUGCGUGUAUGUGAACCCGACCCGAGACAUGAUCAUCAAGCGCCCUCAUCCCCAUGUCAACCCUUCUGGCCUUGUUUCUGUACCUUACUUGCAGAAUUGGAUAUACCCAAGUUCCAAUUUGGUUGAUCUUGUAAAAAAUUUGAGUGUUGUAUUUAGUCGCGACCCGCCACUUUAUUCCCAGCGUAGAGCACCGCCACCACCUGCGUCACCGAACCCUAAUCCGAAUUUCGGGGUUAAUCCAAGUGGCGGUUCGUCUGCUGUUUCAUCAAGUUUGGGGUCUACGGCUGGGUAUGCUCACCCCUCAAUUCCUCCGGGGACCUAUCCGCCUUCUCCUUAUGGCAGUGGUGGGGCAGCUGCUCGGGUUCAAUCGCAGCCUCACACGGAGGAUCCAACUGAGGUUUAUAAACGGAAUGCCAUCAAUAAGCUAGUGGGGUUGGUACAUCAUGAUGUUUCUGGGUUAAGGAAGACGAGGGAGGCUGAAAUGGAAGGGAUGUUCAAUUUGCAGGGCGUGUUGAGGCAGAGAGAGGAGCAAAUUAAUAAGGGCUUGAAUGAAAUGCAGGGGGAGAAGGAAGCUUUGGAGCAGCAAUUACAGAUUAUUUUGAUGAAUACAGAUGUUCUAGAGGGAUGGUUGAGAGAUAACCAAGGGAAAAAGUUGGGAAAUUUAGAGAACAUUGAUGAUGCUUUUGAGUGCGUCGAUGUGCUUUCUAAGCAAAUGCUUGAGUGCACAGCAGCUGAUAUGGCUAUUGAAGAUACUGUCUAUUCUCUGGAUAAGGCUGUUCAAACGGGUGCCAUACCAUUUGAUCAAUACCUAAGGAGUGUGAGGGUGCUUUCAAGAGAACAGUUCUUCCAACGUGCUACUGCCUCAAAAGUUAGAGCUGCUCAAUUGCAGGCUCAGGUUGCCAAUAUGGCUGCCCGCAAUCCCCAUUAUGGGAGGUAGCUGGGGCCACAUGGUUCAUGUCUGAUGAAGGUAUCUCAGUAGACCGGAAUCCUUCGUUGUUGGGUUCAGUAUCCAAAUUGUUUGGUCACGUAAAGUCAGUUCUUCUUGCCAAUAUUGCAUAAAUUGGUAAGUACUUCGAGAACGUUGGAUUUGAGGUCAAAAUUUGUUAAGCAGGACAUGACGCAGGCCUCUUGUUCUUAUGCAGACUUAAACACGUUUAACAAUUUUGGUUUCAGGGGUUGUUAGCGAUUGUUCUGAAGUAGACCUAUUGUUUGUAGAUUUGGCUUUCUUUGUAUCUGUUAAUUCAAAAAGGGAUCGGUAUAUGAUGAUAUAUAUAAUUUUUGUUCUUUAGAAAAUCAA